AUGUUAUUAAAAUCAUUAAUUUCAAUAUCAAAUAAUAAAAUCAAUAUCUUUAAAUCAUCUUUAUUUCAAAAUAAAUCAAACAAUGAUCAAAAUGAAUUCAAAAAUCAAAUCACAACCAAAAGUUCAAAUAUUUUCUUUACAAGACCAAAUUUUGUUAAUUAUUAA